CGGCGGUCAGUUUUGUGCUUGCUGCUUGUGACUGAGGCCAACUGAUUAUCGGCAUUUCGUCUUUCCCUAGAUCAGACCACGGUUCCCUCAUCUUACCCUCCUCGGGUCUUGGCCCUGAUCUUCUUCCUUUCUCCCUUUCCGUUCUUCUUCUUCUUUCCUUCUAUCUUUCCAUUCCAUAUUUGUACUCUCCUCCCGGAGUCCUCCUUGGAGCACGCCACCUGCUUGGAAUUCUUCCUUUGGUGAUCGCUGCCGGGACUCGAUACAGCCUGAGGGACCUUUCGGUUUUCCCUCGUUUACUCACCCCCCUUCCUUCUUUGCGCCCUCCCGUCUCUCCGCUCGAGUCAGUCUGCGCUUCCUGCCAGGCUUACCCAGUCUCAACAUUAACCCCCGGGGCUAUUGCUCUCGCAUCCCCCACAGAGCUCCUCCCCCGCCAUCAUGGCGCAACUCGACACCCUCGAUUUGGUAGUCUUGGCGGUGCUUUUCGUGGGUAGCGUAGCCUACUUCACCAAGGGCACCUACUGGGCUGUUGCCAAAGACCCCUAUGCCUCUACAGGUCCCGCCCUGAAUGGUGCCGCCAAGGCCGGCAAAUCCAGAAACAUCGUCGAGAAGUUGGAAGAAACUGGCAAGAACUGUGUGAUUUUCUAUGGAUCGCAGACUGGAACCGCAGAGGAUUAUGCCUCUCGAUUGGCGAAGGAAGGAUCUCAGCGCUUCGGGCUCAAGACCAUGGUCGCUGAUCUUGAGGAUUAUGACUAUGAGAACCUGGACCAGUUCCCCGACGAUAAGGUUGCGUUUUUCGUUUUGGCCACGUACGGCGAAGGUGAACCCACCGACAACGCUGUGGAGUUCUACCAGUUCCUCACCGGCGAGGAUAUCGCUUUUGAGAGCGGCGCUUCUGCCGAGGACAAGCCGCUAUCCUCCCUCAAGUAUGUCGCGUUCGGCCUGGGUAACAACACUUACGAGCACUAUAAUUCGAUGGUCCGCAACGUGGACGCCGCUUUCCAGAAACUUGGAGCUCAGCGGAUUGGCACUGCCGGUGAGGGCGAUGACGGCGCUGGUACUAUGGAAGAAGACUUUUUGGCCUGGAAGGAGCCCAUGUGGGCGGCGCUGUCUGAAGCCAUUGGUCUGGAGGAGCGGGAGGCGGAGUAUGAACCCGUCUUCUCUGUCACCGAAGAUGAUUCUCUGAGCCCUGAGGACGAUUCUGUUUACCUUGGUGAGGCCACCAAAGGUCAUCUCGAAGGCAGCCCGAAAGGUCCAUUUUCUGCCCACAACCCUUAUAUCGCCCCGAUCGUCGAGUCUCGUGAACUUUUCACUGUCAAGGAUCGUAACUGUCUGCACAUGGAAAUCAGUAUUGCUGGAAGCAACUUGUCGUACCAAACCGGUGAUCACAUCGCUAUCUGGCCAACCAAUGCUGGUGCGGAAGUUGAUCGGUUCCUCCAAGUUUUCGGUCUCGAAGGAAAGAGACACACGGUUAUCAACAUCAAGGGCAUUGAUGUGACCGCCAAGGUUCCGAUCCCCACCCCUACCACGUACGAUGCCGCUGUUCGCUACUAUCUGGAAGUCUGUGCCCCUGUUUCUCGUCAAUUCGUCUCGUCUCUCGCCGCCUUUGCUCCCGAUGAGGAGAGCAAGGCGGAAAUCGUUCGUCUCGGUAGCGACAAGGACUAUUUCCAUGAGAAGAUUUCGAACCAGUGCUUCAACAUCGCCCAGGCUCUUCAAAGCAUCACCUCCAAGCCAUUCUCCGCCGUGCCUUUCUCUCUACUCAUUGAGGGCCUCACCAAGCUGCAGCCUCGCUACUACUCUAUCUCCUCGUCCUCCCUUGCGCAAAAAGAUAAGAUCAGUGUCACUGCGGUUGUGGAGUCGGUUCGGCUGCCUGGCGCCUCUCAUAUUGUCAAGGGUGUGACGACGAAUUAUCUCCUUGCUCUCAAGCAAAAGCAAAAUGGCGAUCCUUCUCCCGACCCUCACGGACUGACCUACGAGAUCAACGGUCCGCGCAACAAGUAUGAUGGUAUCCACGUCCCUGUCCAUGUUCGUCACUCGAACUUCAAGCUGCCCUCUGAUCCUUCUCGGCCUGUUAUCAUGGUCGGACCUGGUACUGGUGUUGCGCCUUUCCGCGCAUUCAUCCAGGAACGAGCUGCUCUGGCUGCCCGGGGCGAGAAGGUUGGACCAACAGUUUUGUUCUUUGGCUGCCGCAACCGCAACGAGGAUUUCAUGUAUCAGGAUGAAUGGAAGAUUUACCAAGAACAGCUUGGUGACUCGCUGAAGAUCAUCACUGCAUUUUCUCGCGAAUCUUCCCAGAAGGUGUAUGUUCAGCAUCGCUUGAGCGAGCAUGCCGAACUCGUCAGCGACCUUCUCAAGCAGAAGGCAACCUUCUAUGUCUGCGGUGAUGCUGCGAACAUGGCGCGUGAGGUUAACCUUGUGCUUGGCCAAAUCAUCGCCAAGCAGCGCGGUCUUCCUGCCGAAAAGGGCGAAGAGAUGGUUAAGCACAUGCGCAGCAGUGGUAGCUACCAGGAGGAUGUGUGGUCAUGAUUCCUUUCGGUGUGCAUAGGUUAUAGUGAUCCUUUCUCUCGAUACGACUUUUUGAUUCGUAUUUUUUCAUGUCUAGAUGAACUUUGCAUAUA